CCUAAUGACAGAAAGAGGAGCAUCUCUUAUAUAUUUUUUUUUUGGUUCAAAACCUGCAGUUUCUUAUUCCUCUUCACUUAACUCUCUGCCUUCUACUUCAGGGAAACAUUCACUGGUUGUGUGUGCAGGAGAGCAGACAGUCUGCCCCUAAGACUACAAACAAAAUCAAACCUGUUUAAAUUUAUCUUUGCGAAUCACAGGCUAGUUGAAGUCAGACAUUGGGUUUCUCACAUUAGGCGGCCAUCUUUAUGAGGACACACUGCCAACUGUCUCCAUCUCGAUAAGAUUAUGUAAAUGAACGCUGUGACUUGAAUAAUGGUUUUGGAUUUUGUAAGCUUGGGGUAGUUUCACAUUAGACAAGUUGACCAGUGAUUUUAAGUUCCUCCUUCAUAUGCCCCUGUUUCUUAACAUAAUCCUGAGGCCUAACUUGUAUAAACCUUCCUUAACAUUAACUAUUAACAAAAUUCUGGGACCCUAACAGUAUUGAAUGUUCAAUGAAAGUAGUGAAUACUGUUGACACACAACUGUGCAAGAUGGCCUCCUUCUUCUUCUAGCCUAUUGGACCAUCCUUUCAUUCCCAAACUCAUUUUACACCUAAUGUGACAUGAAAAGUGAUGAGUUACUGUCUGAUUGCUAUAAACUGCCUGACUUGACAUCAGCUUUAAGUAACAGGAUGUUAUAAAAAUGUCCUUAGAUCUUAAGGAUGCUGUUUUAAUUGAAUUGAUUCCUGUUUUUUUCCACAGCGAGAAAAACUCUGCCAUUUACUGUAACGUUUAAAUGGAUGUGAAAGAGGAAACGUGUGAAGCUGACCUGAAUAUCCUGGAAGAGAGGACCGUAAAUGUUAAGGAGGAAGACUUUGAGUGGGAGAGUGUCCACCCCAAACAGGAGAGUCUGGACAUCAAGGAAGAGGACCAUGAACUCUGGUCAGUGACCAUUAAAGAGGAGGAUGAAGAGGAGUGUGUCAGCACUGAGAUUCACAACUAUAGAAGUAUGGAGUUUGGCAAGGAAGAUGACCUUCAUUAUGGAGAUCAAGAUGGAGCAGUGGCCGGGUUAGUCUCUUCUCAUAGCAGACACUUUUCAUCUUUGGAGUCUUCUGUCGGUGUAAAAUGUGAAUCAUUACAGUCUGACACAAAGGAGUUUGAAGACGUUUUAUCUUCUAGAACUGAGAAAGGUCAGCCUAAGACAUCAUCUAAAACAAGAAUCAAACUUCACUGCUGUUCUGAAUGUGGUAAACGGUUUUCAAUAAGAAGUAAUCUUCAAAGGCACCAAAGAAUCCACACAGGAGAGAAGCCGUUUGAGUGUUCAGAAUGUGGUAAACAGUUUACACAGAGAAGCAAUCUUCAGAUCCACCAAAGAACCCACACAGGGGAGAAGCCGUAUGACUGUUCUGAAUGUGGUAAACUAUUCUCUGAUAGUAGUAAAUUUCAGAUCCACAUGAAAGUUCACUCAGGAGAGAAGCCAUAUUGCUGCUCUGAAUGUGGGAAAGAUUUUUCACAGAGAAGCCAACUUCCGAGCCAGCAAAGAAUUAACACACGGGAGAAGCCAUAUGACUGUUCUGAAUGCGGUAAAAAGUUUACACAGAAAGGCCAUCUUCAGAGCCACCAAAGAAUCCACACGGGGGAGAAGCCCUAUUGCUGCCCAGAAUGUGGAAAACUAUUCUCUUACAGUAGUAAUUUUCAGGUACACAUUAAAACUCACUCGGGAGAGAGGCCGUAUUGCUGCUCUGAAUGUGGCCAAAAGUUUACACAGAGAGGCCGUCUUCAGAGCCACCAAAGAAUCCAUACAGGGGAGAAGCCAUAUGACUGUUCUGAAUGUGGUAAAAAGUUUUCAAGGAGUAGCCAUCUUCAGAGCCACAGAAAAAUCCACACAGGGGAGAAGCCAUAUGACUGUUCUGAAUGUGGAAAAAAGUUUUCGCAGAGAAGCUAUCUUCAGAAACAUCAAGUUAUUCACACGAGAGAUAAAAAUGACAGAAAUUCCCCCACCUUGUCCACAGAUGAAUAAACAAUGCUAAGCAGCAGAAGAAAGAAAGUUUGAUGAAAACAAAAAAGAACUAAUUGGUGAAACUACAAGUAAAGUGGUAAUUACACUGCCCACUUCCAACUGCCUCAUGUGGAAACAGAACUUACUCCUGCAUGGCUUAUGAGGGGCAAACUAAGACCAAAAGAUGUACGCCUCAUCAUAGGUGCACAGAACAGUGGCUUAGACACAAAGUGGUUCAGAUCAAAAAU